GUCGCCUCGUGUUUGACAGGUUGGUCUGACUUCAGUUAGCAACGUGAGCUCAAUAAACUCUUGUGCUGUUGCACGUGAGACACUCAGCCUGGUAACAGCUGUGACACAUAUAUUACUCAGUUAUACCUGUGUCUAGUGCGGGGCAGUCCACAGACACAGCAUGUCCUCCCAGGGAGACGGAGCUGCAGAACCAGGCCCUGAAACAGUGGGACCUUCUUCCUCCUCUGAGACUGAUGCCACCAGCGGGGACAUCAUCACUGUCACCAUUGGAGCCACCGUGCCCACAGGGUUCGAACACACUGCUGCAGAGGAGAUCAAGGAGAAAAUCGGGGUUGACGCACGAAUUAGCAAAGAUCGUGGUCGUAUAUACUUUCCAGUAACUACUGACAAGCUUUUCCAGGUUCAUCUUCUGAGGUCUGUGGACAACCUUUUUGUUGUGGUUGAAGAAUAUGAUCAUUACCAGUUCAAGGAAUCAAAGGAGGAGACACUGAUGGAGUUGCAGCAGCUUGCCUCAAAACUUCCCUGGGCUAAUGCCCUAGAGGUCUGGAAACUAAAUAGCACACUAAAAAAGAAGAAAGGCCACCGGAAGGGGGGCAAUGGCGCUAAAGUAAAACCCAACAGUGAAGCCAGUGAUGCAAUUGUGGCUGACACUGAGCACCAGGAGCUACCUCAGGCAGUGUCAGCUGCUGAAGGUCAGACAAAGGUGGAGUGCACACCCGACAUGGAGACCUGCACCCAGGACUCAGAAGAAGCAGCACCCGGAGCUAAACUCAUCAAGUUCCGUGUGACGUGCAACAGGGCUGGUGACAAGCACAGCUUCUCGUCUAACGAAGCAGCCAGAGACUUUGGUGGAGCCGUACAGGAAUUCUUUCAGUGGAAAGCAGACAUGACAAAGUUUGACAUAGAGGUUUUGCUAAACAUACACAAUGAAGAAGUGGUGAUUGGCAUUGCACUCACAGAAGAGAGUCUUCACAGGAGAAACAUCAGUCACUUUGGACCCACUACGCUGCGAUCUACCUUAUGCUAUGGCAUGCUCAGGCUGUGUAAACCUCAGGCAUCCGAUAUAAUACUUGACCCAAUGUGUGGGACUGGAGCUAUACCACUGGAGGGGGCCAUUGAAUUUAAUAGUUCGUUCUACAUCGCCGGUGACAACAAUGACAUGGCAGUUAACCGCACAGUCAAUAAUAUAUGUCACAUCCAGAAAAGGAGAGCAGACAAGGGCAGCGUAUCUGGAUUGCCCAUCGACACAGUGCGGUGGGAUCUGUGCAGUUUACCCAUAAGGACCAGCUCUGUUGACAUUAUCAUCACUGACAUGCCCUUUGGGAAGAGAAUGGGCUCCAAGAAGAAAAACUGGGAUCUUUAUCCCUCCUGUCUGAGAGAAAUGGCCCGCGUGUGCAGACCAGGGACAGGAAAGGCUGUGCUGUUGACGCAGGACAAGAAAUGCUUUGCCAAGGCCAUCUCGAGGAUGGGAGGACUGUGGCGGAAGCUGCACACUGUUUGGGUCAACGUCGGCGGUUUACAUGCUGGAGUCUACCUCCUCAAGCGGACGGGGGCCGUGUUUGGCCAAACUCCUGAGGAUGUCCAUGAAUCACGAGGAAGAGCUAAUGCACAAGGGGAUGAGAAGGAUCACAAGGAGCUGUCUUAAUUCACCUCCCACGUUUAUAUUCUGAAUUUAUAUCUGAGGCUGAGGAGGAUUAUCAUUAUUUAUUUUGUUUUUGAAGAUUUAACUUUCUUCUUAAGUCAGGUUCUCUACUCAACCGUGCCAAGCAGUUUUAGUGUAUAAUUUUUUUUUUUUUUGUAUUUCUCAUUUGGUUUAAUGUGAUAAAUGGUUAACUGGAAAGAAAAAGCUAUUUUCAUGUUCAGCAGCAGUUUAAUGAUUCUCACGCUGUGUUUAACCGAGGUAGCUCAUUUGUCACAUUGCUGUACAGAAACCUGCUGAAGGUCUCACUGCACCCCUAACUGCACAUUGCCAUUUGUUCUGGUUAAUAAAGGUUCAAACUAAA